AUGCGAACAUACAUCUUGUCAACACUCUGUUUAGCGGCUAGCAUAAGCUGCCUCCACAGCCCCUCUAAGAAGGUCCUCGGCGUCUCAUCGCCCACUGCACCAAGUAUCAUCCAUGACUUCGGACCUGGCUACUGGCUUGAGAACCUUUACAUUCGAUCAAACGGACAAAUCCUCACUACUAGCCAAUCUUCUCCCGAGUUGUACUUGAUCGACACGUACACCUCGGAAAGAACACUGGUUCAUACAUUCCCCAAUCGGUCUCCUGGUCUCACGGGACUCGGAGGCAUUGUCGAGACCUCACAAGAUACAUUCGCGAUAAUUCUUGGAGAUCUGAAUCACACGACACUGGCUGGAGUUGAGGGCUCAUUCUCGAUCUGGACGAUAAAUCUAACUGGCUAUCCUGACCAAGAACCGAUUGUCAAAGAGAUCGCUUCGCUCCCCGAUUCGGCCUUUCUGAACGGGUUAACUACUCUUGAGGAUCGAACAACUGUUCUUGCCUGUGACUCAUUCUAUGGGAGUAUAUACCGUAUAGACACUCUCACUGGAGAAGUUGAGUUGGCCCUGGCGUCUGACAACACGACACUCUCGCCACCCGGCCAACAGUGGGUUAUCGGCAUCGAUGGGAUCAAAAUUUAUCGGCCACACGGUUCCGAGGUGGCUUAUCUCUACUACACCAACUAUAUGGGCCAGGGUUACUAUCGCGUGCCAAUCGACCCAUAUGUCGGGACGCCAGCCGGUCCGGCCGAGGUCCUUGGAACCGGUUUAGGUAUAGGGCUUGACGAUAUCAACAUCAAUAGAAGCGGUACGUCUUGGAUCUCGGUUUCGCACGAGUCGAAGAUCAUCAAGGUCGAAAGCACGGGAGGCGUUCAUGUCGCCGCAGAAUCACCAGAUUUGCGAUUUGUAACAGCUGUGAGGCAAGGAAGGACCCGUGACAACUAUACCAAGCUCUACUUUAGUACUGGCCUGGGUAAAGUUGGAUUCAUUGAUGUCUCCAGGAGCCUUUAA